UCAGUCGCACCUCCAUACCUGAUCAUUUGCUGUAAAACUCACACACAGUGUCUAUUAUGGUAAACCCUAAUAAUUACUGUUAUUAUUAUUAUUAUUAGAUCACCAUCCUCAUCAGCAGCAUAAUCAAUCAUGUCUUCCAACUUUGCAUCUCGCGAAGACAAUUAUCUGUUUCUUGAUAUAUCGAAUGAUGCACCUAUAUGUGGCCACCGGAAACGCACAAGCAUCGUUGGUAGCAUUUUGUACUGUGUACUUUUGUCGGGGUAUGUUCUGUUGGCUAUUGGAGCUCCAUGGGUGUUCAAAUCUGAGAAAUCCUUGAUAUUGCAGUUACUCUGCACAUGUGAUGUCGGUUUAUUAGUUAUCACUGGCAUUUUCCAGCAAUAUAUGGUUUACCAAGUACAGAAAAUAAGAUUACAGGGUUACUAUAUUUUUAGCCAAAAGUUGAAGCAUAUUGUUCGCCUACCCUUUGCCGGUGCAGCAUAUGGUACAGGGGCUAUGCUACUUAUCAUGGCAUGGGAGCCGUAUAUAAAAAUUCUUUCGAUUCCUAUGAUGCUUAGGAUUAUCAUGGUUGCUGAAGCUAUAGUUGCUGCCUUUUUCAUGAGUAUCUAUAUUGGUAAUGUACACCAGUACAAUACAUUGGACUCCCAACCAGAUGUUUUGAAGUCCUUGUAUUCUCCCCUUCAACCUUCAAGCUCUCUAGAAGGGAUGAGGUAUCAUGAUGGUGGCCAACUCUCGGAUCAGCAAAUGGCUCUACUACAGUAUCAGAGAGAGAACCUCAACUUUCUGGGUGAGGAGAUAGUUCGAUUGAAAGAAUGCUUAAGCAAAUAUGAAAGAGCUGGUGACGGGAUGACACCUCAGGUUGAUCUCACUCAUCUGUUAUCAGUUCGUGACCAGGAGCUACGAACACUUUCAGCUGAGAUGAAUCAACUGCAAUCUGAAUUAAGACUUGCCCGAUCUCUUGUUGCUGUGAAAGAAACUGAAAUACAGGGUGUGCGUAAUGCAAACAAUCAGUAUAUGGAGGAAAAUGAAAGGCUGCGAGCUAUACUAGGAGAAUGGAGCACCAGAGCAGCAAAGCUUGAACGGGCACUGGAGGCUGAGCGGAUGUCAAAACUUGAAUUGCACAAGAAGGUUUCAACAUCAAAGAGCCAACAAAACACACAUUCACGCUCUUAAAUGCAUAGGGGAUUCAUUAGUCAUUUGUAAACAGUUGGGACAUUUUAUUCUUAAAAGAAAUAGAUGUACAAACAGGAAACGCCUAGAGCUACCCCAAUUUUACUUUUUUGAUAGCUGAUACAUCUUUGGUCUCAUAGGAAGAAAAGACGAUUAUGUAAUUAUACGAAACAUGAACUAACAAAAACUGAAGACCAAUUCUUAAA